AUGAAAGAGGUAGACAAUCACUUUCAUACAGUAUCGAUUCAUCUGUUCAUCGAUCAAUGUCAGAUCAAAUCUCUCUCUCUCUCUCUAAAUGAUGAAGAAUAUCUAUCUAUCUAUCUAUCUAUGAUUUAUCUAUCUAUCUAUCUAUCUAUCCCAGUCCCUUUCUCUUUCUCUUUUUUUUUUUAUGAUUGUCUAUCUAUCUAUCUAUCUAUCUUUAAAUCUAUCUAUCUAUCUAUAUUUAACCAUCUAAAUAGAGUAUCGCAUAUUUCUUUUCUUUUUAUCAUUAUCUAUCUAUCUAUCUAUCUCAGACUGUUUCUAUCUAUCUAUCUGUAUAUCAAUCUAUCUGUCUAUCUAUCUAUCUAUCUAUGUAAUGACCAUAACCCCCACCAACAUCCCUGCCACCGCACCAAGAAUGGAUAUUACCUGUGGAGAUGGCCUCCUGGGGCACUAUCCCCACCGCACCUCGCCCCGGAUGGUGCUGGACAUGUCCGAAAGGAAGGGUGUGUUUUGAAUUCAUAUGAAGUUAACUUAUCCCUUUUUAAUCUUUUUUUUUUUCUUAAUCCAUUUUUCUUUUGUCCUCACCGUUUUUGCCCUUUUUUCAUAACUCCUCCUCAUUUUCUACCGUUUUCGUCUUUUUUAAUGAUUUUUUUAUUUUUUCCAUUUUCUCGUUUGUUUUUCUUUCUUUCCCCUCCUUCUUUGAAGUGUUUUGCUAUUGCUUUUCUAUUUUUCCUUCAUGCUAUCUUCCUUUCUUCCCAUCACAUCUUUCUUUCUUUCGUACUUUCUUUCUUUCUUUCUUUAGUUUUUGUCCUCAUUGUUUUUCAAAAACGUUUUCCCCUCUUUCUUUCUUUAAAUUAUUCUUUCCUUCGUUUUUUUCUUUCUUUUCAUUUUCUUUCUUUCUUUAAAUUGUUCUCCCUUUAUUUUCCUUUCUUUCUUUCUUUCUUUCUUUCUUCAUUUUUUUAUUCUUUCUUUCUUCUUUCUUUCGUUUUUCUUUUCAUUUUCAUUUUCUUUAUUUCUUUAAAUUAUAACCUCUUUUCUUUCUUUCUUUCUUUCUUUCUUUAUUUUUUGUCCUCAUUGUGUUUCAGAAACGUUUUCCUUCCUUCCUUCCUUCCUUCCUUCUUUUCAGUUAUUCGUUCUUUUUUCUUUAUUCCUUUUUCUUUCCUUUCAUUUUGUUCGUUUUUUUUAUUAUUCCUUCUUUUCCAUCUUUCUUUCUUAUCCAUCUUUCUUUCUUUCUUUAAUCUCAUAAGCUGA